AUGCAGAAUCUGACCGACCUUCCAGGCAAUGCCACCAACUCACAGAAGAGCCUGUCUGUGAUAAUCAAGGUGUGUGUGGUGAUCCCCUUCUUCUGCAUCUUCCUCUACUGCAUCGUGGUCAUGCUGCACACCUUUGCCUCCCACAGACAGUUCCUGGACAACUCCCGUUACAUCCUGUUUGCCUACAUGCUGAUCAACGACACUCUCCAGCUCCUCUCCUCUGUCCUCCUCUUCCUCUUCGUCAUGGGCAAUGUGAAGUUCGCCAUCGUCUACUGUGCCCCUCUACUCUUCUUCUCCACCUCCACCUUCCAGAACACCCCUCUGAUCCUGGCAGCUAUGUCCCUGGAGCGCUACGUGGCCAUCUUUUACCCUCUGCAGCGCCCGGCCGCCUGGCGCGCUGACCGCAUCUGGAUCAUCAUCCUGAGCCUGUGGCUGGUCAGCUGCCUCCUGCCCAUCGUGGACUUUUCUCUGGGAGAGACUAAGCCUGGCGUGAACGUCCUCUCCACCCCGGUGCUCUGCAAAACCCUGGUCCUCAACUCAUCCCCCGUCCAGACGCUGUUCAAGGUGUCGCUCAACGGUCUGUUCUUCGCUGUGGUGGCGGCCAUCAUCAUGUUCACCUACAUGAGGAUCCUGCUGGAGACCAGGAAGAUGCGUCAGGACCGGGCGUCUGCGGGAAAGGCCAUGCACACAGUGCUGCUCCACGGUUUUCAGCUACUGCUGUGCAUGAUCGCCUUCACCCACCCAGUCACAGAGAGCCUCAUCCGUAUGCACGCUGGCUGGCUGCACGAGCACAUCUCCUUCUUCAACUACUUCUGCUUCAUCCUGCUGCCGCGCUUCCUCAGCCCACUCAUCUACGGCCUGAGAGAUGAGAGCCUGAGGGGCUACAUGAGGGGAGCUGUCCUGUGCUGCUCACACAGACACAGGAUCAGCCCCAGAGCCCCGGCCACCAAGCCUAGGGUCAAAUGAACUGGUCCUGAAGCGGAGCCACUGGUCAAAUCAAUGUACAGACUAGUAGCCUGUAUAUGUUAGUCAAUAAAAACAUAUUAAAAGAGUAAAGCCCUGGCUGGAUGACAGCCAUUAUGUCAUUAUAAAGCUGGUGUCUUUUUAAAACGUAAAUUUGUUGGUUACUAUCUAAAAAAAUAUAUAUAUAUGUUUUCUUCAAACACAGAGGCUUGCUUUGGAAUAGAAAAUAUUGCUUCAGAAGACUUUGAGAAACCGUAAACUCGUACGCUAGAUGUCACUAUAAUUCCAAAUGUAUCAAGUGGGUGCAACUUGGGUCACCGCACUGGAUGAAUGUGCGCACAUAGGAAGACGUUCAGUUUCUUUGGCGAAAUUAGAACAUUGAUUCCUAAAACAAUAAGGUUUGAUUAUUUGAUAUUCAGAGUUAUUAUAAAAUCAUUUAACGAGACUAAUAUAUGAGUGGAAUGCAGGUACUGGGCACAUUUACGCAUCACAAUUCCAAAGGGCAAACUGUUGCAAUACAUUUUGAGCAAAUACAGUUUUCCUAAACUACCUAAUGUAAUAUGAUUGUUCAUUAAUCAUGCAACUUCAUAUAUGAGAUUGCUAUUUCGUUGAACCAUUCCUCCGGAUGACAGAUCAAGUGAAAUGGCGAAAGCUGAUCUCUCAGGUGUGAGCACUGUUGAGAAAGAACAUUGACGAGAAUCACACAGAACGGCAGGACCGAGCACAGCUUUCCCGUAGGGCAGGUUUGAGUGGUUUCAAACAAGAAACUGCGCUACACUUCAUACAUUUACAGCAAUAACCAUUGGAGAUUAGAGUCGACAAAAAACUAGCGCAAGCACAGGCAACGGCAACAUUUUGAACAUCAUCGAGGGUAUCAUACGCGCGCAAAAUGCUAUAUUAUUUCAAAUCCAUUUACUCAGCCUGUGUUAUAUUCAGUAUGAUUUUGAUGCCAUUAUAUUUUGGUGAGAUGUAUACGUCAUUAUUGAACGUAAAACAAGCCAUCAACGUUGAAAGACAACUUAUUGAUCAUUUAGAAACUUACAUCGAACACGAAUCAGAGAGACUUGAAGACAUCAAAAGGUGAGUAACAUACAGGAAAUGUUGUCAUGAUGCACGUGGGCUUGAUAGCCUAUCACUUGUAUUGUAGGCUUAAUUAUUAAGGCUUUGGAGUGGGUGGUUUUAGAGCGAGAAAGCUAACAAAUAGAGAUAAAUAAUUAUGUCUAAAUUUGGGCUAUAUGUCCUUUAUUAUAUUUUGUUCCAUACAAUCUCAUGAAAGGCUACUGUUAUCGAUUUACUUUGGCCUUUGUAUUCCUUGCGGGACAUAUGCUAUCGAUGAAUCACCUCCAUCCGUUUAGGUAACUUUAGAAGGAACUUACCAUUAUAAUGACUAAUUCACUAAUGUUAAGUUCCUUCUAAAGCCUAUCAUAAACUCAAGAUGAGUUCUAUACUGAUUUAGGAGCAGUUUGAUUUCCAUGGAAAGCCUCAUGCAUAUAUCAUUGCAUGGUUGUCUCCCCUAUCAUGGUAUUACCUUAAGGUGAUAUAUUCUCUCUAAACUUAUAGACUCUUUCUGCAGGUUUUAUGCAAAGGUUUCAGACUUGCACAAUGAAGUAUACAGUGGACCAUCAACUGCUAUGGCAAACCCCUUGGUGGCGUUCACUCUUAUCAAGCGCUUGCAGUCCGAGUGGCUGAAUCUGAUCUACAGUGAUGAGGCACAAGAGAACACUCAAGGUUAUUUCCCUUUAUGACUCUCUUUAGAAACACAUCUGGUCCUUACAACUGACAUCACAAGUUUGUCAAAGGUCCAUCCCCCGCUUCUUGUGUCCUGUCAUCAGCUCACUCCCACUCACUACCCCCUUGUUGUGUUUCAGCCUUCAGGUCUGGUUACGAGGAGGUGGAGAAGGAGGGCAGCUUGCCCAAACUGGAGGACCUUCAGGGGGCUGCCAAGGGCCUGAUGAGGCUACAGGAUGUGUAUGCCCUUCAAGUGGGGGGACUUGUGAGAGGUCACUUCCAGAGGAUCACUAACGGCAACCCCAUUGAUAUCUACAGUCCCACAGUAUCUGUUCCUCUUUCUGGGGAUGACUGCUUCCUGGUUGGGAAGGUAAGCCACCAAUAACUCACCCAUUUAAUCAAUGGCUGCGCCUAAUUCUCCACCCUUCUCCUGAAGUGUGCACUUGCACGCUGUCUCGCAUGGAUCUAACAAUGAUGGAAACUCCCUCCAGCCAAUGAUUACACUAAUCCCAUGUGUAAACUGAACAGGUAUAAGCACUCCUUCAUUCCCAUGUCCAUCAUACCUGAACGGCAAUAGUACGCCACUGACUGAAUAAGGGAAUGUGCAAUAUGUAUUAUGUAGGUAUGUGGCUAUAUGAGAAGUGUGGAUGAAAAGGGUAAUGUGCAAUGUAUGUAUUUUGAGUGUGUAAUGUACAGUGUCUUUUGUAUACAGCAGUACUGUGUGUUCAAGACAGUUUUCCCCUUGGGGACCGUAAAGUUCAUCUUAUACCAUGUUUUUAAAUCCAUGAUGGGGAUUGUGCAAGUGCACACUUCUGGAAAAGGGACGCAGCCUUUAAUGCUUCAUUUUAGUUAAUUUCCUUUUGGCCUCAGCUCACUAUGGGGGGGACCAAAAGGAAAUCCCUGCUCACAUUGCACUCUCUAAACUGUCAACUGGGGGAGCAUGUAACAGGAGGAGUGCUAGCCUGCUGGGCAGAUGGUGUUGUGAUCCCUGAUUAGCAUCCCAUACCAGAAGACCAUAAAACACAGUUUUGUUCUGAGCCUGUCAUACUCUGUGGUUAGAUAUUAGAGAUGGAGUAAAGGCCUCUCCCUGUGUGUCAGGGGGAUUCAUAUAGAGAGACAAGACCGGAGUGUUCUCUCAGACAAAUUUGAAAAAGGGUGCAUGAAAUGCAUCCCAAAUGGCAGCCUAUUCCCUAUUUACUGCACUACAUUUGACCAGAUUCAUAUGGGUCCUGGUUAAAAGUAGUGCACUAUAAAGAGAAUAGGGUGACAGUUGGGACACGGACGAAGUCUACCUCAUAAUGAGUCACUCCACAAUGGAUCCUACUGUGUGGGACAGUGUGGAAAAUACAUUAUCUCUGUUUAGGGAAGUCUAAGAAUGUGGAGUAGGGGCGUUUGCCUUCACUUGUGUUAACACCAAGAUUAUCUGACUGUGACCAUGUGUAAACAGAUGCUCUGUUUGGGGUGUUGUGAGUCAGCAUGUAGUAACAGUUCUACAACUGCACUUUUAUGGUGGCUAAAACCCAGUCGUUAAAACCAGCAGGAUAAGCUAAGGGUUAACUUUAUUUCUCACGUUUCCGGGGCACGUACAAAGCCGCAGCCACCAUCAACAAUCAUAGUGCUACAUGUACUUUACGUGGCUCUCUCUUCUCUUCAGCUCUAGAUGCGAGAGAAUAACAUUUAUAAUGCUAGAAAGGUGUUUACUCUUUCCUUCCAACAUAAGUUUGGAUUCCAGAUAAACAUUUCCAAGUAUGGGUGUAUGACUGUUCAGGAAAAGAAUGUGUCUCAAUUUCUCAUUAUAAAAUCAUUCUGUUGUUUUCGAAUGCUAACAUCCUGUUGUUGUAUUGUAGGUUGCCUAUGAGCUGGAGGACUACUACCAUUCAGUGCAGUGGCUGGAGGAGUCAGUGCGUCUGUUCCGAGGGGCAGGGGGGGAAUGGAGCCCAGAGAAUGAGGGAACUCUUGAAGAUGCUCUGGAUCACCUGGCCUUCUCUCACUUCAAGGCAUGUCUAUUUUGCACAUAGAAAUUAAAGUUAUUCUGAUUUUGAAUAUGAUUAUUUUCAAAAUAGAUUGACUUACUGGUUGAAAAAAAAAAAUUUGAGAGAAUAUUUUAUUCUUUUUGCAUUUUGUUGACCAAAUUUAACUUUUUUGUUUUUUUUCAGACAGGAAACAUCUCCUAUGCACUGAGUCUCUCUCAGGAGUUGUUGAACCAUGGUAAGCCUAUUCACUUAAAACAUCCCACUAUACUGUGGCCUGGGGUGGUCCAGCGGUAUAAACAGCUGUCUCUGGAUCACACAUACUAUGCACCGUUGCGAGCAUGGGUUUUACUCUGACCCACUACUCCUUCCUUUCUCUUUAUCCUGUACAAUAAAAAUAUGAAAGGAGUGGGACUGCCCCACUCCUUAAAAAAACAUCCCACUACUGUCCCACAGUAUAUAGAGGCAGCCUGGUCAACAUCUGCUUUGUAUGUCAGCCUAUUUCCCCAUACAGUAGCUGAACUGUGCAUAAUGCAGACGUGGACCUGGACCUUACAAUUCAGGCCACCUUUUAAUAAAAGUAAAUACAUUUCCUGUAAAGUGAUCAGGAAAACAUCUGUACUGCUCGCUUGUUUGUAUUUUACCAACUGGACGCUGUGAUUUGUUUCUCCAAACUCAUGGUAUCAUAUUGAUGGUAAUUACAUGAUUCCCUUCCUGAAGAUCCGAUGAACGGGAGAGUUUUGAAGAAUGUAGAGAAGUAUGAGCGACUGCUUGUUGACAGUCCACCCUUACUGAGCACUGACACUGGGUUGAAGAGGCCCAACACCACCUAUCUACGGACAAGGAACACCUACGAGAGACUGUGUCGGACACAGGGCACUCAGGUAUACUCAUCUAUGAUAUUAUAAUCUUGUCCACCCAGCCGGUUAUAUGCGGUAGCAAUUAAGUGAUACAUUUGCUAACUUUUAGAAAUGCUCCAAACAGCAACAGAAAUCAUAUUGUCCUUUUAAAUGUAUGACACCAUAUGAGCCACCAUAUGAGGAAAACAGUUGUGGUUUUCAAAUAAUGUGCUGAGACUUGGCUACAGUCUGGAGCUCACAGAGAGAGAAAAUAGUUUUAAAUUACAAGUUCUGAGGAUGAAAAGAAAAUACUGCUGCUUUCUUUCCAUGUUUCGGCUCCAGUAAUGGACUUCAGAUGCCCUUCUCUCCUCACAGCCAACGCAUUAUGAAAACCCCCUGCUGUUCUGUGACUAUUUCAACAAUGACAGUCCUGGGUUGCUACUGCAGCCAAUCAGACGUGAGGUGCUGAACCUGCAGCCGUACGUGGUCCUCUACCACAGCUUCAUCACUGAUUCAGAGGCAGAGAGUAUCAGGGACCUCGCCCACACAGGGGUGAGUGUCUAUGUACUGCCAUGGUGUCAACCCUUUUACUCAGAAAAGGCCUAUCAGGCGCAGUAUGUAUCAAACGUCUCGGAUAAGAAGUGCUGAUCUAGGAUCAAGUCCUCCCCAUCCAAGUCUUAUUCAUUGUAAUCUAAAAGGCAAAACUGAUCCUAAAUCAGCCAUCUAACUCUGAGACGCUUGAUACAUAUGGCUCCAGAUUCCAUUGUCAUAACAUUGAUUCUGAUUACCACAUUCCAAGUCCAUUGAAAAUGAGGACUGUCUUUUAAAUAACAUAACUUAUAGAAGAGACCCCCCUGUGUCAUGAUUUGUUUUUGCUCAUCUGAAGGAUUAUUAAAUGCGUUACAUGUCAACGGCCUAUUUUCUGUAUUUUAUGACUCCAGUAAAGAUUGUGCAGGAGAGUGACUCUACACACCGAACACUGUUCGUUUUGGCUCUGCUGGGAUAACGGUUAUUUCAGGAAAUUUCCCAACUGCCAUCUUUUUUCCCUUUGGUCUGGCCGCUUAGACUGCCACUGAACUGAGGUGCUAGUUUUUCACCCGAGUAAUAGUUACAGCUUGGAUUACAUUGGCAGGCAUUGAUAGGAUUUUUAUCAUAUAGUAAUAUUUCUAUUCUUGCAUGUUUUGUGAUCUCAAAUACUUUAUCUACCAAGGGUUUUAGAAAGGCUCAGUCUCUGUUCUGUGACCUGGUUGCAAUUUUUACAAUAUUAACAAAUAUUAACAAUCUGAUAAUACAUGCCAAAAAGAGCGCAAAUAUGUCCAUCAAGCUGGUUUGCAAGAAGAACGUCUGACUGAAUUGACUUUGCUUUGUACUGAUCCCAAUCUAGGAAAAGUGGAACAAUAGUGAUAGGAUUAGGGAUCUCUCAAAAACCCAUGGGAGGAAUAGUUGAUAUUGUUCCAACCAUUAAGCAAAGGUUAAAGCAAUAAGGGAUACAUUACUUCCGAUCCUUGGCAGAGUGCCUCAGACGGUCCAAAUUGCUGAGGGCUCUAUGGGUAAAAACUGUGACUUCUCAUCUCAAUAGCUAAUGGAAAAUAAUACUGUAUCUGUCCUGUGCCAGCAGCAUAUAAAGAUCUAUCCUCCUAAUAGUGUUUAUGCUGACUCAGUUUUUCAGGCGAGAUGCUGUAACCAAAAUGAUCUCCUAGAUUGUGUGAGGUUUUGGCACUGUUCAACAGGUUUUCCACCCCUUCUUCAAAUGGAAAUCCCUCCACUUAUUUCAUCAUUAUGUCAACAUUUGAUGGCACUCUGGUGGGUUGAUUAAAACCAGGCCUGGUCUGCGUCUCAAAUGGCACCUUAUUCCCUCAAUAGUGCACUACAAAAGUAGUGCACCAUAUAGGGAAUAGGGUGUCAUUUUGGAAUCACAUCUGGAGUAUUAGUAAUUUGGAGCCUGGAGCACAUGCAGCACUCCUUGCCCUGAGCACAUAGACCCAUAUAUCAUUGCCUGAGCAUGGUAUUCGUGUGUUCAUGCUUGGCUCCAAGGGUUUAGUAUUAGCUGCCUAGUCCAAAGUAUUUAGCGAGGGUGUAGAUGGAAAUGCCAGUCAAGUAUUUCCAUCAGACACGGCUUCAUUGGAAAAUGACUGCGGUUGCCAGUUGUUUAGUUUUUACAUGUUGUCUUUUUUGUAUGUUAUUUACUGUGUUCUUUUGGAUGUUCUCUUCUCUAUCCUCACAUCAUUCAUGUUUCUCUUGGCAGACAGAGCCCUGCAGUUUGAUCCUAAAACGUUACUGCUGUAUAAAAUGAUUGAGUAUUGACAGUCUUCUUGCUUAUUGUGCCAUAAGUUAAGGAGAUCUGUGGUGGCAUCUGGAGAGGAACAGGCUACUGCAGAGUAUCGCAUCAGCAAGAGGUACUACUAUCAGAAACAUGUCACUAUUAAAUGUAUAGUUUACAGUUCAUUCUCAUAUCACUUACAGCAGUAAUAAAAGCACCAAGCAGAACAAUGCACCACAGCAACCAGUGAAUAUACUGUAUAGCACUAUAAAAUGCUUGGGCUAAUUUUAUGGUGCACACAUGAUUUUCAGGCUUAUUAGCUUUAUGUAAUGUAUGAUAGUUAAUUGUGGGAUAGACUUUAACCUUUGAAUGGAAAGUGGCUGAACAUCUCUGGAACCUACAGUAUCAGUGGAAGAGUUAGUGUACUUCAUUGUCUUACAUCAGGUAGCACGACGAGUAUCAGCACUGAUCGGUUGAGGACUGCACAUCACGUAGGAAUGACGCCACCUGUCAGAAGUAAUGAGUCAAAUUUGGGCCUUUCUAAAACCUUUGGUAGCAUCAGGUCGAGCUCAAACCAAGACAGUAACAUUAUCUGUAUUAUGAGAGUUUGUGGUUUGUUUUUCAGUGCAUGGUUAAAGGAGACAGCCCACCCUAUCAUUGGGAGGCUGGACCAGAGAAUCACCUUGCUCACAGGUCUCAAUGUGCAGCCUCCGUAUGCAGAGUACCUCCAAGUGGUGAACUAUGGGAUUGGAGGACACUAUGAACCCCAUUUUGACCAUGCAACGGUGAGUGGGUUUCUCUAUCUUUAGAACGGUAGAUCUUGAAUAAACCCUACAUUUACUACAUUAAUAAACACUUAAUGCAAUACUGUACCCUCAUUUUGUGUGUUUGUGAUGGGCUGUGUCCCAAACGUCACCCUAUUUCCUAGUACAGGGGUUCCUAAACUUUUUCACUCAGACACACUGACAUGACGAGGAAAACUGAUGAUGCACUAUCCAAUUUCAAAAUUGCACCUUGUGCAUUCUACUAUUACAACUUAUUUUGGGGAGGGGUACCCGCGCUUCCCGCCCCCCCCCUGCCGGGCGCGCCCCCCAGUUUGGGAACCACUGCCCUAGUGCACUACUUUUGAUAAAGUAGUGCUCUAUAUAGGGAAUAGAAUGCCAUUUGAGACGUAGCUAUUGUCUUUGGCGGUAAAGUAAGGACAUAUAUUUAUGAAUACUAUUUCCUACAUGUAACCAGUCAGCAUCAAGCCCCCUUUUUAGGCUCAACACUGGGAAUCGAGUGGCAACCUUCAUGAUAUACGUAAGUUAAUAAUUUGUUUUAUCUUGUUAUCUUAUUAUAUGUGCAUGCUUGUCUCAUUUGUGCAAAUCCAGUAAAAGCAUCUUUGGAGAGACUGUACACUAGAUUGCUUCUAUCAGCAUCAGAAUUCAGUAUGUUCUUAGUGAAAUUGCAAUGAGAUAUCUUUAGUCCAAUGUCAAACUUCCAGUUAAGGCGGUAUGGAAAAUAAUGUCUGCUUGUGAGUUUUUGACAAACUCAAAACUCUGUAUUCCGGCACGGAUGGCUUUUUUAUGACAUGUGCUAGACAAGACACAACUCAGUGAGAAUGUUGUCAUCCUCCACAGCUCAGCUCUGUGGACGCAGGUGGGUCCACAGCCUUCAUCCAUGCUAACUUCAGCGUUCCUGUUGUGGAGGUAAAUGCACCGCACACGUCAGCUGCUGGCUAAACUUAAGAUGUGUCCCAAAUGGCACCCUAUUCCCUACAUAGUGCACUACUUUUUUUACCAGGCUGUUUGUCAAAAGUAGUGCACUAUAUAGGGAAUAGGGUGCUAUUUGGGACAAAGCCUUAAUCUUCUUCUGUUUACCCAUCGAAAUUGCUUCAAGCCAGAACACGUACGCUCAUAAGCCUUCACUCUGUGCAGCUGUUAAAUGAAGAAUAAUGAGAGAUUCCUUCCUCAGAAAGGUCAUAUCAUUUCUUUAAAUGUUUUGAGUAGUACUGUUGAGUAGUACUGUUCUUAUGACAGUAGGCCUGUUGAGAAAAGAGGAGCCAAAGGCUGUCUCCCAAAUGGCACCCAAUUCCCUUUAUAGUGUACUACUUUUGAUCAGGACCAUGGUCAAAAGUAGUACAUUAUAUAGGGAAUCUGAUGCCAUUUGGUUACGCAGCCACAGUGUAGUGUUUGGUUUAAUAAAUGUGCUGCUGUUGAAAAGACACAGGACCUCACCAGGUUUUAACCUCUCAACCUGGAUUUUAUUCAGGUUUCACUUCCUGCCUCAAGUGUUGGCAAAAAUGUCUCACUGGGAACCCUUUCCAUGUCCCCAUAUCCAUGUCAAAUAUGUUGUACUUGGAGCACAGCUAUGCACGUGGGAUUUUAACUUACACGUAUACAAAAUUGAAUUUUAAUGGAGGAACAAUGGCUUAGGAUUGUCAAGUAGAGGAGUAGACCAUACAAAUUCCAGGCACGAUAGUGGCCCACACAAAAUCCAGGCACGAUUUAAAAUGUUUAUUUCCAAUGUUUUUAGUGACACAUUUCCAAUGUCUCUCAUGUUCUAGAAUGCUGCCCUCUUCUGGUGGAACCUCCAUAGGAACGGUCAAGGAGAUGGGGACACUCUGCAUGCUGGCUGCCCUGUCCUUGUUGGGGACAAAUGGGGUAAGAGGCUUUAAUGAGACAACCGGGAACUCCACAUAGUUCCUAUAGAAAAACAUACAGGUACAGUGAGCAGUGUCAGAUGUGGAAAGCUAAGGACCCUACGUCUAUUCCAGGAGCCCCUGUCUGUCAUACUGAAGUCACAGCAGGAGCCCGGGGCCACAUCUGCACUGCAUUACACAGAUAGUGUUAGGUACGAUAUAGAGAGGUCAGGCACUGAGCACUGCUCUGGGAUGCUAAACAUGUGGGCCUCCAUUCCACAUCAUUAUAACAAGGAAAUGGGGCCCCAUUUCCCAUUAUUGAUGGUUCUAUACAAGAGAUCCAUAUAAAUAUACAAAUGUUUGUCUACACUUUUAGGGGGUCAGUGAGUAUUUAACGACUCCUUUUUACAGACCUGUAUAUUAUAUUUGAUGUUUGUUUGACUACUGUGUGACAUACACCACUAACACAUACUCUCUGUCCAUGCCCUGUUCCAGUGGCUAACAAAUGGAUCCAUGAGUACGGCCAGGAGUUCCAGAGACGCUGCAGCCCCAAUCCUGAGGAGUGAGAGGGGAGAAAGCAGCUGCUGGGACCACUUGGAGUACAAGAGUCCGCCUCCACAAUGGAGCCGCGCGCACCACGCAGGCAGAGAGAGGGAGGGAACGAGAGAGGGAGCAAGAGGGCAUGAGAGAGAGCUAGCAGCUGGGGGAGGGG